CGCUUUAAUACACUACAAUGCAAUUCUCCAAGAUCGCCGCCCCAUUAGCUAUUGCUUCCGUUGUUGCCGCUGGUAACGUCACCGUCACCACUGACGUCGUUGUCACCGACUUCACCACCUACUGUCCAGAACCAACUUCCGUUGUUGUCAACAACAAGACCAUCACCGUCACCGAAGCCACCACCUUGACCAUCACCGGUCCAUGUACCAUCCCAACCACUUACGUUACCUCCGAAACUCCAAAGACUGUUAAGCCUGAAGUUACCACCGCUAACGCUGCUGGUAAGGUUGGUGCUGCUGGUGCCUUCGCUGGUGUCGCUGCUGUUGCCGCUGCUCUUUUCUAAGUUAUAUAACUAAUAAUAGUAAUUUAAUUUAAAUCUGGUAAUACAAUUUUACUGUAGAAAUUAAU